AUGAGGCCCGGAGCCGAGUUCGUCGCCAUGAGCCACCGCGUGGGGGCGCCGAUGGUGGCGCCGGCGCACGGGCUGAUCAACGGGACGGCGCCGCACUCGCCGUGGCAGUCGCCGGUGCCGUACCUGUUCGGCGGCCUGGCGGCGAUGCUGGGGCUCAUCGCCUUCGCGCUGCUCAUCCUGGCGUGCUCCUACUGGAAGCUCUCCGGGUACCUCGACGGCGACCGGGACGGCCAGGCGGCGGAGGGCGACGGGGAGAAGGCCGCGGCGUCCGGCGCGUCCAAGCCGGCCUCGGAUUUCCAGGAGCACGUGGUGGUCAUCAUGGCCGGCGACGAGCGGCCCACGUUCCUCGCCAAGCCGGCCACCAGCCGAGCAGCCGAGGUUGAGCUCGCGGCCGCGGCCGAGGCGGCGGCGGUAGCGAGCGCGAGCGCUGUCGAUGGACCGGAGAAGAAGGUGGACGAGCAGGGCUGCGAGGUAAACUCGCAGCUCGGAGGCGACCCCGCCGACGCGGCGAGCGGGAGCAGCGGCCACCAAGACGCGGCGAGCCAGAGCCGUGAUCACCACCACCAUGACCAUGAGAGCAGCAGCACGGCGGAGCUCCAAGAAAGCUUGCAAUAAAGCCUGAAGACAAUGAGAUGACAACUAACUCAGCUAUUUCAUCUGAUUGUGCGCGGCCUCGCUGCGAACUCCAUCAAAUUCCACGGCUGCAACAUGAAGUCCUACCCGGAUAGUCGCGGACCACCACGCGUCGUGGGCGGAGUCCUAGCGUGGCUCACUGGCUCCCAGGCCCAGGCCGACAAAUUUCAGGACGGCGCCGACCGGCUCGAGCGCAAGGAUGGAUGAGGACCGCGGCGGGCUGCUCUCCGCGCUCUUCACCGGCACGAGCGCUGACGGUGGCGCCGACAAGGAGGAAAAAGACGAAGCUGGCCCGCCGGAGGUGGCGACGGUGCACAAAGGCGGCAAUGGCCAGUGACACAAACGACAGUGGUCGGAUCGCGUGAGGGCUAGUCAUGCCGUCCGCCGCGGCAUCCACUGGCCAUUAUUGGCGGGGAAGUGGCCUUCCGACGACUGUGACAAGAUGACCAAGAGGCCCAAUGGCGUAUCUGCAGGCAUCGUGCUAUGCCCAAUGGCCCAAUGGCCAUUUAGUGCUGUAACACGAUUUUUCUUUUUGAGGUGUUGGACGUGUUUGCUGUUUGCAUCGUGCUAUGCAGAGGCCCGGCUUUCCUUCA